CUCGUUUUGAUAACAGAAGGAAGCAGGCAAAAUUUUACAUCAAUAUAUUGGCGUAGUUAGAGGUCAGGACGAAAUUUUUCCAACUGUAAAUCAAUUGAUACAUGUUAAAUCGUUUUUUUGAGUAUUCGCAAUAUCGUGAAUCGUAAGAAUGGGUUUAAUUCCAAAAAUUACGUUUGGAGAUUACCCAGCUGCAUAUAAUCCCAGAGUGCACGGUCCUUACGAUCCUGCUCGGUACUAUGGAAAACCUGACACUCCUUUCGGCCAAGUAAAAUUAGGAGAGUUGGGUGCUUGGUUUUCGCGACGUGAUAAAUCCGUCAGAGGAGCAGCUGGGUUGUGGAGUAGAGCGUUCUGGAGGUGGCAACACAAGUACGUCCAACCCAAAAGAGUAACUGGUGCCUGGGUUCUUCAAACAAUAGUUCCAAUGAUGAUGUUCAUGUAUUCCAUAAACUUCGGCAAAAAAUUGGUUCAUCGUCAUCACAAAUAUCAUUAAAAGCUACGUUGAAUUACAUAGCUGUGCGCAGAGGUUCGAAGAUGCUGUUGGUAAAAUAGUAAUAGUAUAUAACGAGAUGGUUUUAUUCGUAAUAUUUCAGUUAAAUAUGUGAGUAGUAAUUUAAAAUAAAAUUAUUCCGCGAUCGUU